CCUUAUUCCCAAAAAAAAGAAAAAGAAAGAAGAUUUGGUAAGGCGAUGUUUCAAGUUUUAUCAAAGCAAUUCUUAGUGCUGCCUUUAAUACUAGUAGUAAUUGUAGUCCCUCUCUACAUCUCAUUCAAUUUUAGAGAACCCAAACCAGCAGAAAUCAGUUCUUCUCAGUCUGAAGAAACCCCAAUGGCCACCAACGCUUUUGGUGUGAAGGUUGAAAAUAAUCCCGCUCAAUCCAAACUCACCGAGCUUGGAGUCACAGCAUGGCCCAAGUGGUCAUGUGGUCCAAGCAAAUUCCCAUGGUCAUUCACUGCCACAGAGACUAUGUAUCUGUUGGAGGGCAAAGUGAUUGUCCAAGUAGAUGGGCAUGAAGGAUCUUUCACAAUUGGGGCUGGUGAUUUGGCUGUGUUCCCAAAAGGCAUGAAGGUCACUUGGGAUGUCCUUGAAGCUGUAAACAAGCAUUAUAGCUUGGAAAAGUAAAGGGUCUUAUCUUUCAAUUGCUGCUGGUUAAGCAUGCUAUCUAUCAGCCAGAUUGUAUUAUUAUUUUUAACUUGAACAACGGAAUAUUAGUAAGAGAAAUUCUAGCAACCUUCUCUCUAACCUUCUCUUUUGGA